AUGAUAAAGAAGAGAAAAUUAAAAAUUGAUAACAAGCGUAUAAGAAUUCCGUUAGAAAAAGAUGAAGACUUAAAAAUUCAAGAAAAUACUAUAAAAGAAUUAAAUCAUCAAAGUUUUAAUAUAUUGAAAUUAGAAACAUCAAAAAAUCUUAAAUUACUUCAAAAUUUAAGAUUAAAAAAGAAAGGAAUAAAUUCUGACAAUAUAAAUUAUGAAUCAAAAGUUUUAGAAAAAAAUGAAAAAGAAAAAAAAUUAUUAGAUAAACAAUUUACAAAAAACUUUACUGAGAAAGAAAUAGAAGAUGCUCAUGUAGAGUCAUUUAUAAGAGAAAAUAUGAAGGAAUUUUAUGAAGAAAACGAAAAGACAAAAAAACAAAAAGGAGAACAGGAUGAUGUUAUUAAAGAUUUAUAUAAAUUAUCGGAUCAUUUGAAAGUUAAAAGCUCUAUUAAUGACAACUCUGAAAAAUUAAAUUGCAUUACUGGAAUCACUGAGAUUCCAUUGCCGGUAGAAAUUAAAUUAAAAAAUAUCGAGGAAACAGAGAAAAUUAAAAGGAAAAUUUUAAGAAAAGCAAAAUUUAUUAAUAAAGAAAAUAAUAGUUAA